AUGGUUCGGCUAAUGAAUGAUGCACCAUUCGCAAAUCCAGGAGAUAUAAAUAAGCAAGCAGUUGCUUUGAAAUUAUCUGGUGAUUUUGCAAGGAUUUCUAACUGCUUUAUUCUCUCUAGUCAGGAUACUCUUUUCGAUGACGAGGGUAGGCAUUUUUUUCAGAACACAUAUAUAGAGGGAAACAUAGACUACAUCUUUGGUUCUGGAAGGUCACUUUACGAGAAAUGUAAUCUCAUCUCAAAUUCCAACGCUACAACGAGUGGCUCUUUGACAGCACAAGGAAGAUCCUCUACCACUGAUUUCCCUUCUGGAUACUCCUUCCACAAUUGCUAUAUUGGAGGGACAGGAAAGGUCAUACUAGGCCGACCUUGGGGAAAUGAAGCAUUCGUGGUUUUUAUCAAUUGUUAUAUGGAGAGUGUGGUGGAUCCCAUUGGCUGGGCUCACUGGAACGAUGUCCAUGGCUCAUCUAAUAGCACUGCUUUCUUUGCCGAGUAUCAAAAUUAUGGUCCAGGUUCUUCUACUUCAAAACGUGUAAAUUGGACUACAACUAUUACGGAGGACGACGCUAAAGCAUUCAGUUCUCUAAGCUUUAUAGAUGGCCAGAUGUGGCUCUGA